GCAAUACCAUUGGCAUUAAGUCGAAUAGUAUGUAUUCCACUAGAACGAUUCACUGCUCUUCCACAAUUUCAUUUCACAUUUUUUGAGCAUUCACUAAAGUUAGUUCACCGACAUCAUUCACAGGACCUGAUCCCGGUGGUCCUGGCGUCACAGGCGUUUCAGCUGUGUCCACAGUAUCGCCAUGUUUGAGCCAGAAUGGCGCAAGACGUAGCAUCAAAAUGGCACCCAAUGGCGCUGUGAAAAUAAUGGCCAGAACUGAAAUUAUGAGCACGUUGUUCGCCAAUGCUAAUUCACUCGCAAUACUCGCAGAACGUGCCAAAUCCAACGCAACUGGACCCAAGGCAGCCUGUAAACCAAAAAAAAAAACAAUAUGGCACAGUUUUGGUUAGGCUGCGUAUACUUGAUGUGCUGGAUGUAAACGAUGUUAUUAAACACCAGCAAUGUCCCAUAGGCGACUACUCGUCCGUCAAGCACGGCGAAAUUGAUUUCCUUGCCAAUGAGCGCAAAGGAGACUGGCUUCAAAAACUUCCACAGCAGAUCAAGACGCUUGGCUCCUCCCUCUUCCAGCCGAUGCCAGCAAUGAAGGCCAUCAUGACACAACCCAAGGCACCCGCUGAAGUAUAUCCAAUAAUUCGGCUGCCCAUCACAGCAAUGGUGCCGCCCAAGAUGUCCAAACCAAGACUAGAAUCAAACAUAAUGGAAACCCAAUCGCAACGCACACAAGGCAUCAAUUUUAUCCUGAGUGUUAUGCAAGUCUGUGGAUUGUGGCCAUGGCCAAUAAGAAACAAAAGUGAUUCGUAUCUUUUGGUGUUUCUCAAGAGAAACUUUCGCUAUUUCUUGCACUUGCCAAUAACAUUUACCUUCAUUGGACUAAUGUGGCUGGAGGCAUUGGAAUCAAACAAUUUGGAGGAGGCUGGUCAGGUACUCUAUAUGUCCAUCACCGAAAUGGCGUUGAUUAUAAAAAUACUGAAUAUCUGGAAUCGCAGCACAAAUGCCAGGCAAUUAAUGCUGCAUUUGCAGGACUCGCCCGAAUAUGAGUUGCGAUCAGAGGAAGAGGACAACUAUUGGCAGCGGGAACAGCGUUACUUCAAGUGGCUAUAUAAUGUGUAUCAACUUGUUAGUUUAGGCGUUGUCUACAGCAGUUGCGUGGGAGUGUUGUUCCUCGAGGAAUAUGUGCUGCCAUUUCCCUACUUUGUGCCAUUCGAGUGGCAAAACGAGCAUGGCUAUUAUUAUGCCUUUGGCUACAAUAUGAUCGCAAUGACUUUGACCUGCAUCGCGAAUGUAUCCCUUGACUGUAUUGGCUGCUACUUUUUGUUCCAUGUCUCCUUGCUGUAUCGCUUGCUGGGCACGCGACUAAAGGCGUUGAGUGCAGUGCAUGACGAGAUGACAUUUAAUCAGGAGCUGCGUUGCAUCUUCAAGCUGCAUGAUCGCACACGCAGAUUAACUAUCGAGUGCCAGGCGAUCGUUUCGCCAUAUAUCCUUUCGCAAAUCAUUUUGAGUGCGUUUAUUAUCUGCUUUAGCGGCUAUCGGCUGCAGCAUGUUGGCAUCAUGGCCAAUCCGGGCCAAUUUAUAUCAAUGCUGCAGUUUCUCAGUGUGAUGGUUCUGCAAAUAUUUUUGCCCUGCUACUAUGGAAAUGAGGUCACUUUCUAUGCCCAUCAGCUGACCAACAAGGUCUACAACACCAACUGGAUGCAGUGCGAGAAAAGAACGUGCAAUUUACUCAUUGCUUACAUGGAGCACCUAAAGCGUCCAGUGAAAAUUCGUGCAGGUUAUUUCUUUGAAGUUGGCCUGCCCAUCUUUGUGAAGACCAUCAAUAAUGCUUAUAGCUUUUUCGCCCUUUUGCUGAAUUUCUCCAAAUGA